AUGAUCUGGACAGAAUUACAUGAUGAAAUGCUGUGCCGAGAAAUAAUAGGGGUGGAUGUUUUCAGUGGCACAAAGAAGGGGACAUUAAAAAGAAGUGCAAAAUGGACACAGGUGGUGGAAAAUUUAACGAAUGUUGAAGGAGUCCACUUCAAAGUCGAUAAUCGGGCUGUAAGGGAUCGGUACCAUCUGCUGUCAACCAACUUAAGGAGAAAGUUAAAGAGGGAAGAGAAGGAAAGUGGGAUAGCUCCAGAGAUGAGUGAAGUCGAGAAAGCAUUGGAGGCACAAAUUGAAAAAGAGGAUGCUGCUGAAGAUCUUCGUCAAGAGGGAAAAUCAAGAAAAGUUACGAUUGAACCUGACAGAAUGAAUGCAGAAGAUAUAAGGAAGAAAGCCAUGGAGAAUCUUGGGGAAACACAAAAAAGAAAGAGUGUAGAAAGUGGAGUGACACCAGCAAAGAAGAAGAGAAGCAAUGGUAGUGAUACUGUGAAUUAUUUGAGGGAAAAGCACGAGAAGAUGUUGGAGGUGGAAAAGAAAAAGCUGACAAUGGAGGAGAAGAGAAUGGAGGCGGCAAGUAAGAGACAUGACGAACUAAUGACGACUCUACAACAACAACAACAACAACAACAACAACAACAGCAAAUGGAAACCUUUCAGGUUAUGAUGAUGCAGCAACAGCGACAAAUGCAAAUGCAGCAGGCACAGGAAAAUGAACUGAUGCUGAAAUUAUUUGGUAUGUUGAAUAAUAAAUAAUCUUUAGUUUUAAUACUCUGACACUGUAAAUCCUCUGUUAGCCCCCCCCCCCCCUCCCCUCUUAGCAUCAAACUCGUCCGUUCACUAAUCUAUCUAAUUGUGUACUUGUUGCCAAAGGUAUUUAAGGUGAUUUCAUUGUGUGCCUGAGCAAAAAAAUUGCCCAGGCAAACCUCGAAAUUUUUUGAAAGAUUUUGGCAAUUAUUUACUGAUUGCAAAAAUAGUUGAAUUACAAGGGUUAUAAUGCCUCUUACUUAAUUAUUUUACUUUAGACCACACAAUUUUAUUUGUCAAGGCAUGGAGCAACUGUCAAGGCAUAAUUCGGGAGUGGGUUUUGACAUUGAUGAGUUAAUAACUGGCAUGGAUGCAUUUAAUUUCCAGUGCUACCAUAACCACUCUAGAGAAAGUUUCUAACAUGGGGCUCAUUUCUCUUACAGCUCGAACAGGCAAACUGAGGCCACUUUUCUAAUGUUUUUAAACUAAGCCAAAACCAAUCGCUACUGGCAGGGUUAUUUAGACCAAUGGAAUAUAUGUCAUAAGUUCACAACCAGAAAAUGUUUAGUCAAAAUAACCCGGUGGUGAUUGGUUUUGGUUAGUUUGAAAACAUCAAAAAUAUGCAAAAGCAGCCUCGGUUUGGCCGUUCAAGCUGUAAUAUGCCCACCCCACUCCGGUAAUGGAUUUGGGAAUUGAAUUAUAUCGUAUUAAUUGUCAUUUAGUCAAGUUACUUGUGUUCAAUAGCAUUGUAAUAUACAGUAGUUUUCAUUUAAAAUAUGGUAGGUUUAUCCCCCUUACUAACAGGCCUUCUCUCUAACAAGCGGACCGCCCUCCGGCCUCCCCACUGGAAAGACUGAAAAAAAUAAGGUGCAUGCGGGCUAAAUGGAGGAAAUACAGUAAUUUCAAAAAUAUAUCACUCACAUCAUUGACAUUUUAAACUGUAUUAUAGCUUUAAUCAAAUUUUCAAAGGAUUUAUAAUGUUAUUAACUUACAAAAUUGUGAAAAACUGGAAGGACAUGUCGUAAAAUAAAUAUUUAUUUAAUGCCUUUAAUCUUUUGUAAUAAAUUAUUUUGUAAUAUUAAAGUUAUUUAAAAUUAUUUACAUACAUUGUAACAUUAUAAAUAUUAAAUUAUUUUGUAUUAAUUAUAUUAAAACUUUUUAAGACAAUAAAAUCAUAAAGUUGUUAUAAUGCAGUUGUAAGAAAUUUUGUCUCCUCAAAGCACCUAAUGCAACUUAACUGUUGUGGUUGCUAAAUGUAUGAUCUGUUGCCAAUCAGUUGGUAUGCAUAAGCGAACUCAUAAAGCCAGUUUCAUUAGGCAGAAUUUUGGGCGCGGAGUGGAAUUUUCCUUUGUCUUAGUUCCACCUGAGAAAUCACAAGACAAAGAAAAAUUCCGCUCUGCGCCCAAAAUCCUGCCUAAUGAAAACCAGCUUUAAGUUGCAAAGUACCUUAUCUUUUAGUAAAACAUUGUCUAAGAUACAUGUAGUUGCCCAAGAGUGCUGGGCAAAAAUCAGUAAAAAUAGCUUUUUAGCCAAUUUAAAAUGUUUAAAUUCAGUUAAUGAGACAACAUGUUGAAAGCAAGUGUUUUGCAAGCUUAUCCUCAUUGACAACUGCAUGACAAAGGUGCAAGUCGACAUUUCCGUGUAUUGUUGGUGGGUCAAAGGUUAUUUUCUUGAAGCAGCACUGUGUUCACGUGAAUAUUAAUGAAAGAAACGCUUUUAGCCAAUGAAAAGCUUUUACGUAUCCCAACUAAAACCAACACGAUGCACAACUCGCACAGAUUCGAUCAAUCGUGUCAGAAAGCGUAGAACGAUCUGCCGCUGAAAUAGCAACGAACGCCGCCCGGGCUGCUGUCCAAGCUAUGACUUCGUCGACAGCACAAAGCCAUCCAGCAGUUCUAACAGAAAUCCCGAGUGCUUCCUCCGAUGUUCUUCGUAGUCAACCCAGCGCAGUUCCAGAUGUUAGCACAGUUGAUUUAACACAGUUUGCUCAAGCGGAACCAGCCACCCCGUAUGGACACGGCGCGCAUGAUAUCCCAGCUUCCUACGUAAAACAGAUUCAGUCUGCUGCAGAGAUUCAGAAAACUGGCACCACAUGCAGAUCCCAGUCCAUGCCCUAUUCCCAGCCAACUGUUGAUAAUCUGAGAGGGGACAUUCAGCAUUACAUCAACUUAGCCAUUGCUUCAUCCACAAAACAAACUUAUAGUGCUGGUGAAAAACGCUAUAUUGAUUUCGUAACUAUGUUUAAACAGCAAUCACUUGAACAGUGCCUACCAGCAACAGAAGCCAUUUUGACAGAAUUUGUGGCUUUUCUUGCCAAAUCUAUAAAAUAUGCUUCAAUCAAAACCUAUCUGGCAGCUGUUCGCCAUUUGCACAUGCGCCGAGGUCUUCGACUAAAUUUACCAAAAAUGCAACAACUGCAGCUGGUCUUACGUGGCAUAAAGCGUUCCCAUGGAGACCAAUCCCGUGUGCGUUUACCAAUAACAAUUCAUCACUUGCGAUUGUUUCACUUAAUGCUUGCCAUUCCAUCAACACAAAAUUACGAGUCCCUCAUGAUUUGGGCGGCCAUGACUUUGGCCUUUUUUGGAUUUCUUCGUCUAGGCGAACUGACAUGUAACACUAAAUUCAACCCCGAGGUCCAUCUCAUGCUUGAAAACCUUUAUUUUGCUCCAGGGGUGGGUCAAGGCAACCCCGAAUUCAUGACAGUGGAAAUCAAAGUCUCCCAAACAGACCCAUUCCGUUUGGGUCAAACAAUCACAGUUGGCGCGUCCAACUCGCCCCUAUGUCCUGUUUUGGCAAUGAAGAAGUACCUCUUGGUUAGAAAAACAACGGGUGGUCCACUCUUUGUUCAUGUUUCUGGAAAACCUCUUACCAAACAAACUUUAACGGCUGAGACUCGGAUUUUAUUAAACCAAGCAGGUUUUAAUGCGUCACACUAUGCUGGUCAUAGCUACCGAAUUGGGGCCGCUACAACUGCAGCUUCAGCUAAUUUGCCUGCAUGGCUCAUUAAAACUCUAGGACGGUGGUCUUCCGAUUGCUAUGAACGAUACAUUCGUAUUCCAUCUUUUACCCUGUCAAAGGUAUCUGCCACCAUGACUGCAUCAUUUAAUUUAAAAAAAAAAAAAGGGGGGGGGAAGGGCGUUUUCGUCUAUGGGGAACACUCUAUCGCGUGUUUUUGGGGAAGAAGUAUUCCAAUAUGUCAACUUCAUUUCCCAUAGACUCUAGUAACGUCACAUAUAAAUAUAUAUUUCAAAUAAUAGGGACUGUCUAAGCGAUUCUGUGGACCUUAGACAGCUUAGGGACUGCCCAAGCGGGCAGGUUAGGGACUGUCCAAGUGUGCUCUUGGUCAGAUACGUCAGGGGGUCGCUACUCCUGACUAGCAUUAUCAGUUCAGUACAGUAUUAGGUAUGUGACGAUGAGGAGGGAUGUCGUUUGACAUAAACACAGAGUACUUCCCCCCAAAACACCCCUUCUCCCACAAAACCAAAACGUGUGUUUUUUAUUGUGUUAAUUAUAGUUUAUAUUCAAUGAUUCAAUCUUUGGAUCAUUAAAGCCAAUUUAA